CCCCAGGUGCGUGACGUCAUUUAUGGACGGCCCCUUAGUAGUAUACGCACCGAUUGAAAACGUUCAUCGUUAGGCACAUUGCUCUGUGUUAUGACGUUCAGCUAUAAGCAAAAAAAAAAGCAAGCACUCUUGUACGUGCACCCAUGGGUGUUUUGUCUCCGCGUCGUGCUGUGGGCAUUUGCACAUUUUUUUUUAAUUCAGGAAUCACGCACGUGCUGGCGUUUCUCGAUUCAGCGAUUUGAGCAAAACGACGGCCACGUUCGCUGACUCCACAGACACUGACCGCAGGGCUGUGUUGCAUUUUAGCAACAGGUCCCCGUGAUGGCGGUGGUGGUUGGACAAUGGUGAUGCUCUUUCAGCAAUUAACGAGUUUCGGUAUAAAUAGGGCGACAGUUGACAGAGUCAAACCAUUCUGGAUCUCCCUGUGUGCAGCAUCUACUCCACCAUGAAGAAGAUCGUCUUUUUCGAGGAGCGAGGCUUCCAAGGCCGCCGCUAUGAAUGCAUCCAGGACUGUCCCACCAUGAGCAUGCACAUGACGAGAUGCAACUCGAUCCGAGUGGAGGGAGGCGCCUGGGUGCUGUUCGAGCGACCGGACUACAAUGGUAGCAUGUACAUCUUGGAGCAGGGCGAAUAUUCCGACUCCCAGCGCAUGACGGGCCAAUGUGAGCGGAUCGGAUCCUGCAGGGCAAUCCGUGGCUACAACAGCGCUCGCAACCGGCUGAAGCUCUACCAGCAGGAUGACUUUGGAGGCCAGGAGGUGGAGCUCACCGACGACUGCUCGAACCUGCCGGACCGCUACCGGCAGCGCGAGGUGCGCUCCAUGCGCAUCUUGGACGGCGCCUGGGUGGCCUACGAGGAGCCCAACUACCACGGGCGCCAGUACCUGCUCGAGCAGGGCGAGUACCGCAGGUGCAGCGACUGGGGCGCCUCCAGCCCCGUGAUUCAGUCUAUCCGCGGCGUCAAGAGAUACUGAAGUCGCGCGGCGUGCAUUCGUCUCGGGCUCCGAGUUUUCCCGUGUGCGCGCGACGAAGCUGUGAACGCAACGUUUCGCGGAAAUAAAUGAACCUGAAUUGCA